CCAAUCAGAGGGCAGCUGGAACACAACAACCAAUCAGACACCAGAGGCUCCUUCCACCUCUCAGUUCCCGGCCGCGCAACCUCUGGUCCGUGGCGCCGGGUGGGACAAUGCGGACUCUGCUGCAGCUGGCAAGAUGGGGCCUCUUGGGCCGUAGCCUCUCUCUGGUCCAGACCGCGAGGAGCCUCCACUGUGGGGUCUCUAGCUGGAUCCAUGUGAAGUUGCCCCCUGAACCUAAAGAGGUUGAUCGCUGGACAGAGAAACGAGCCUUAUUUGGGGUCUAUGACAAUAUAGGAAUUCUAGGAGACUUCCAGGUUCACCCCAAGGACUUGAUCACAGGGCCCAGGUGGCUGCGAGGCUGGCGGGGAAAUGAGCUACAGAGAUGCAUCCGCAAGAAGCAAAUUGUAGGUCACCGAAUGUUUGAUCAGGAUUACAAGAACCUUAACAAAAGGAUCAGGUUCCUGUACAGACGUUUCAACCGCACUGGAAAGCACCGCUAGGAGCAGACCUGUGAGAGCUAGCCAUGUGCCUCCUGGAAGGAAUGGCAUCCUGGGUGUAACAGGUUUAGCACCUGGAGCUGUGCACAGAUUGGGGUGUUGUAAAAUCGUAAUAAACUGAGUUUCUCUUCUACAA